UUCUGACUAAAUCUUGUUAAUCUGAUAGGUACUGGAACAGACUAUUUGCUUAAUUCAAGCAAGCUGUAGUGUUGGUAGCACUUCUUAAGAAAAGCCAUUUGAGUGCACGCAAAAUAGAGACAUGGACAAGUUUAUAAUAAAAGAGAAAAGAGCUAAACCUGCUGAAGAAGAGGAAGAGUCCAGUGAAAUCGAGGAAAGUUGCACCCCGGAGACAAGCGCUAACUUAAGAAGAAAAUUCCGGCAGGAAUGGCUGCAACAAUUUUCGUGGCUUAAGAAAAUCGAUGGAGAAGCGUUUUGUGUGGCUUGCGAGAAAAGAAUAACUAAUAACUUAUCACAUUUAACGCGGCAUGCCAAAAUUAAGACACAUUGCGCCAACCUUGAAAAGAAGAAAAACCAAUUGAAAUUUGAUGAAUUUGUUAACGAAGAAAGGGCAACAUUAGCUAAACAGGUACGCAAUGCGGAGUUUACAAUUGUUGUUUUCUGUAUUAUGCACAAUUUGCCCUUUCGGUUGGUCGAUUAUUUACCUGGUCUUUUAUACGAUUGCUGCACUGAUAGUCAAAUAGCAAAAGCGUUAAAAUGCCACAGAACAAAAGCAACGUCUUUAGCUGAAAUUUUAGGCGAUAAAUCAAAAAAUAAAAUUGUAAAUGUGCUGCAAAAAAGCAAAUUCUCGUUAAUUGUCGACGAAACCACAGACUUGUCUUGCCGAAAAGCCUUAGUACUGGUUGUAAGAUAUUUCGACCAACUAUCGCGUAAAGUAAAAGAUCAUUUUUUGCAAUUGAUUGAGUUAGAUCAAUCCGACUCCGAAUCUAUUUAUCGAGCGAUUAAAUUGUUUUUUGAAUCUCACAAUAUUCCUCUGUCAAAUUUAAUGGGUCUUGCUACAGAUGGUGCCAGCACUAUGGCGGGUUGUUUAAACGGAUUGAAAACUAAGUUAAAAGCGGACGUUAACUUAUUUUAUAUUAAAUGUACGUGCCACUCCCUGCACCUUUGCUCCAGUUACGCGUGUAAAAAACUUCCGCAUCAAAUUGAGGAGCUAUGUCGCAACGUUUACAAAUUUUUUGCAUAUAGCCCCAAGCGUAUAAAAGACUUCAAGGAGUUACAAGACUUUUGUGAGGUAAAGCCCCACAAAAUUCUAGGAAUAUCGCUUACCAGAUGGCUUGCUUUGGAGGCAGUAAUAUCGCGGAUUAUCGAGCAGUGGGAGGCCUUGCAAUUGAUGGCCUCAACUAGCCAAGCAGCCACUAAACGGAACCGCGCUUCAACGGAGCAGUUGAGUGCAAUGAUAGACUUCUUCCAAGAAACUCCGGGGCUGGCCGGAGGUAAGUUUCAUCGGCUGCAUGGCAAGCUGGAACAUGAAAAGAAAUGGGAGGAGAUGGCUUCCAAGCUAAAUGCCGUCGGAGGAGCUGAAAAGUCCAUCGACCAAUGGCGUACGGUCUGGCGCGAUUUGAAAAGUAGGACUAGUGUUCGAGUGCGAGACCGGAAAAGGCAGCAGGCGUCAACCGGCAACAGACCCGUGAAACAGCCUCCUUUAACGGAGCUGGAGGAGCGCGUGGUGGCCAUUAUUGGAAGCCACUAUAUUGAGGGCCACGAGUCGGUAGGAGAAAAUGUACCAUUUGACUUGGAGCUUCAAUUGGCCCUGGAAGACGGUGAGGAGAUAGUCUUUCAGGGUGAAGCGGUGGAGUCCGAAGACCAAGUAAAAACUGAAGUGCGGCCGGAGACUCCAAAAACGCCUACAAUGAGAACUCCGCGCAGGGCACUGAAGAGGAAAAGAGAGGAGGAGCAGAGCGAAACCGAAAAGAAGUUUUUGGAAGUUGCACAAACGCAAGCCGAUGCAAUGAAGAUGCUGGCGGAAAGCUUUUCCAGACUGGUGGAGGUACCAUUCCAGCUGGCGGGGGAACUCCGGGUAUAUGGAGAAGGACAGAAAGCCUGCGCCGAUGCUAUAAAUAAUUUGGCAAGGGCACUCGGUCCCCAAUAA